GCAAGAAGCACAGCAAGAGCCGCAAGCAAGCGAGCGAAGGAAGUUGCACACACAUCACUGAGUGUGACACUCACGGCUGUGUGCUGUUUGGGUUGCAUUGCAUUUAUCCGACCCACCACCGACGAGCAAGCCAGAGCAGAAGCAACAAUAAAGCGAGCAAGCGAGCAAGCAAGCCAAGGAAAAGGAAGAAGAAGCAGAAGCACACGUCCAAGAGCAGCGAGAAUGCCUCACGAUAUCACAGUCUACGUCAAGGCGGCCGAGGAUGGCCACAGCCGCGGCGACUGCCCCUUCUGCCAGAAGGUGUGCAUGUGGCUGCAGCUCAAGGGCAUUGAGCACACGGAGACCUUCAUCAACAUGAAGGACAAGCCUGACUGGUUCAUGGACAUGGCGCCUGCCGGGCUUGUGCCUGUCGUCAAGGUUGACGACAAGGUUGUGGCCGACUCUGAGGCCAUCAUCGACUACCUCGAGAAGCACACCCCUGCAGAACCAGACCUCACCUGCACCGACGUCUCCAUGGACGUCUGCAAGGACAUCAUGAGCGUCUUCAAGGAAUACUACUUCAACGAGGAGGCAAACAAGGAGAGCAAGAAGAAGGUAGCGUUUGACCGGGUGAUGGUUGAGCUGCACGAGUACCUCGACUCGAUCCAGCACCCCUGGCUGUCGGCCGACCACCCGACCCGCGCAGACUGCGCCCUCAUCCCCAAGCUCUACCACGCCCUCACCGUGCUGGAGAACGCGAAGAAGUACAAGAUCCCGCCUGACGCCCCCGAAGCGCAGGCGUACGUCACGCGCGCCUUCAAGCUGCCCGAGUUCAAGGGCACGGCGUACCCGAAGGAGGUCAUCCUCCACUCCUGGGCGCAGAAGCACAAGCAGCAGACCCACAACCACCACCACGACGGGCACCACAAGCACUGAGCAACCACACACUCCCUGCUGCUGACUUGUGUCGUGUUGGUAUGCGUGCAUGCGUGCAUGCAUGUGUAUGAGUGCGUGGGGUGAAUGUGCUUAGCAAGGCGCGCACACACGCACCAACACGCCAAUGCACACGCUCUCGGCGCCCCCUCUCUCUCUCUCUCUCUCUUCAUGCGUUACCCCUUCCUGUGCCUUUGUGAUGGCGUUCCAAUCUUGUCCUUGUUUCUGUGAACGUGCGUGCAUGCAAGCAUCUCGUUCACACGUGGUUUUAAGUGUGACGGCUAUCGCUGCUUUGUUUCUGGUUGAUGAGCAUUCUCUGCGUGUGCAUGCGAUUGACGUGUGCGCCGCAGACCUCUGCAAGCAGCAGGCCAAUCAAUAAACGAUACAACAAGACCAGUA